AUGACAUUUAUAACACAUCCUUCUAAUCCAACGCCGCCCCUCGUGCCUGGGCAUCGCCAAGCUUACCCUGAUCCAACCCGCAGUGCCUUCGACGUCAAUUGGACCCGGAAAGAGGCCUACCAAGAGGAGUCGGCUGUGCGGAGCAGGGCAUAUCCCUCACCUCCUAUGUCCGGUUCUCCACCCUUGCCUCUGAGACCGGCUCAAGAGGCUGGUAGUCGAGGUAGUGAAGUUCCGGGCUAUUACACUGCCUCCAGAGUUCUGGAUGGCCUUCGUGGAGGUCCCGCCCAACUGUCUCCUGGAAAUCUUCGCGAGCAGGCCUCAUCACUGGCGAGGCCAUAUGCACAAGAACCAGCAAUGAGAUCUCCAUAUGCAUACCCUAGGCCUGAAGAAUCGGGAAGGAUUAUCCCCUAUGUUUCUCAGCACCACCAUGGAAUGCCUCAGGCAAUUUCUCAAACAGCGUAUCCAACUUCGACGCCCUCGAAUUCGGAAGGCUACCCUGUGCCUGAUCGACCGCAAACCGAGCCUCAACCGUAUACUUCACCGAAAUCUCAGAGGAAAGCGAAAGGCCACGUUGCCUCUGCUUGCGUACCAUGCAAAAAAGCUCAUCUUCGAUGCGAUGCACAAAGACCAUGCUCCAGGUGCCUUGGCAGCGGAAAAGAAGACGCCUGUGUCGAUGUUCAGCAUAAAAAACGAGGACGACCACGUUUGCGAGACGAAAGGGAUGGUAGAUUCGACCCAUCUAGAUAUUCGAAUCCUCAAGAGCCGACGUUGAGAAGGCCACUAAGUAUAUAUCCCUCGACAAUGCCUGGCAUCUCCCCAUACGAAGACUCCCUCCGACGAAAUCAGUCCUACAGACCCCUCGAUCCUCCAUCAACCGAGAAUGGCCCACGUGUAGCAUACCAAGAGCGACCUCCUGCCCCAGAUCCGAACCUUUACACCGCAACUUAUGAAGGCUCACCACCGAAUAAUAUGGAGCCUCUGGCAUACUUGAGCAUGGAUUUUGAUAUCGUCAAGGCAUCGCCAAUGUUUAUGGAAAUAGUCCAUGCAUCGAACCCAUUGGGAAAUAAGCUGAGCGAUAUCGUCACGCCGCAUCAGGCUGCUUUCCUCGCCAACCUUCAAAAUCAACUAUUUGAAGAACAGCGAACGUUCGAACCGAAUUACCUGCCUCCUAUUCUAGGCAGAUUGGAUAUUGCUAUCAAGGACUAUGGAUACAUGACUGAAGAUGUGUCAAGAUUUCGCCUCAAUCAUCUGGAGUAUUUUGGUUUUGUCGGAUAUGACGGUUAUACCAGAACAUUCCCUCUUCGCUUUGGGCUUGCAAAAGAGGGAUCAUUCUAUUUUAUUGUGUUUUUGCUGAGCCUUCGAGAGCUUCACCCGCAGCUCCCUCCGCCAGGAUCUUCGCAACAUUCACCAUAUCCACAGCACCCACAUGCGCAACAUUCUCAGCAAUCACAACACGCUCAGCAAUCUCAACAGGCACAGCAUGCUCAACAUGCGCAGCGCUCGCAGCGUCUGCAGCGUGCCCGAGAUGACGGUUCCAUUCGAUCGCCAUAUAAUCCAUCUGUUUCACAUGCUAGUUCUAGCUCGGGAGCCCCAUCGUAUACUCCGCCACAAUACUCUGCGUCAAGUUAUCAGACAUCCCAAAGCGAAUACGUUCCUGCCAGUCAACCUCAAACCCAGCCAUCCUAUCAGCUGCCUCCUAUUCGUGCGGAGACAGAUCACAGACCCUCUUCUCGAGAAGUCAACUGGUCCAAUGCUGAACGACCAAGACGGGUUGAUAUUGGCGGCUUACUAGAGCAGCCCGGCGAUAUCAACAGGCGUUAG